AGGAGGAGGAGCCGCAGUCCCUGUGCAGCCGCGGCAGCACUCGCACGCUCGCUCGGCUCUCUGCGUUCAGUCGAAAGGAGCGGUGUCGUGCGUUCGCUUAAGGAUCGAAAAGAAGGCGGAAAGGAUUGUCCGAGUGGAUGUGAUGAGGUGGAUCGCUCCUCCGCUCUAGCCGGUGGAGUUGUAGUGGAUGCGAAAACCGGUGGUGGUGGUGGUCGAGUGUUUCAUAUCUUUUUAUUUUCCCUUAUUUGGGCGAUGGCGGCUUCGAACACAGAAAUUUGACGUGGAUUUUGAACGUUUAGCAUCCGCGAUUGAUUGUGUAUGUGUUACCCGAGGCCCUUUGAUUCGUGUGCCAUUAGAAAUCGGACACAGAUUCGUGGUUCCGUUUCGUCGGUGUCGAUCUCACAGAAGGAGUAAGAGUACAGUGAACACGGAUUCUGUUUUCCAGGUGUUUAUUGUGCAAUCAGGGUUUUAAGUGAUCCGGGCGCGUGAGGCCGCAUGGGAGGCGUGCGUGAGCGAUGAGCAGCGGCCUGGCGAGCGGCCCUUGCGAGACAGAGCGUCGCGCAGCCCCCCGCGCGGCCUGCGUCAGGAGCUGAGCUGCCGUGGCCGAGAUGCGGGGCGGGCGGCGAUGGCGCUGACGGAGGCGGCGGCGCCAUGAGCGAGCCGGGCGGGGGCGGGGGGGACUCGUCCUCCACCGAGCGCUCCUCCCACACCUCCUCCACCGCCCUCCUCACCGAGGCCGCGCGCCCCUCGCUGCGCUCCAGGACCACGUCGCAGGAGUCCCAGGGGUCCUCAUGGCGGACCACGCCCAUCCUGGAGGCCCUGGCGCGCCCCGCCCAGCUGGGCAGCCCCUCCCUGGCCGCCCGCAGGCUCACGCGCUGGAAGCGCAUCGCCUCCGACGACAUGGACAAGUGCAUGAUGGAGGAGGGCGAGGACGCCUCCGCCAGCACCGCCGACGGCGCCCGCGAGCCCGCAACCGACGCCGCCGACGGGACCGCGGACGGCACGCCGGGCGACAGCACCGACAGCGCCAAGGGCGGCGCCGGCAAGAGCCAGGGCUCGGGCGUGCCCCCCCUCUCGGAGUGCGGGGGCAACGCCGCCCACGUCCUCCUGCCGCUCUCGGAGGCCAACAGGGUGCGGGUUGAGUACUACGUCAACGAGAACACCUUCAAGGAGAGACUUCACCUUUUCUGUGUAAAGAGCCAGCAGUCAAGCCUCCGCGUCCGAAUUUUCACUUUACUGGUCAAGUUAUUAACAUGUGUUUUCUACAUCAUACGGGUUUGCAUUGAUGACAAACCCAUCCAUGCCUCUUGCUACGGGUGUCAAAACGAAAACAAGGACAUUAAUUACUACCUAGAAUACGGGAACAAGACAGAUGAGCAGUUCCAGGAGGCGCCCAUCAUCAACUGGCGUGCGGUGUGGUGGGUGAACCGACCGACGUGGCUGUGGAUCCUGCAGUUGGCGGGCGCCGUCAUCUCGCUGUCCGAGGCGCUCUUGUUAGCCUAUCUCAACUAUAAGGGAAACAUAUGGCAGACAUUAAGAUCGUUUUAUUUUCUUCUCGAGUUGGUCAAUACUGUACCUUUUAUUCUAACACUAUGUUGGCCUCCGCUAAGAAACCUCUUCGUCCCUGUGUUCCUCAACUGCUGGCUGGCCAAACAUGCUCUCGAAAAUAUGUUCAACGAUUUGCACCGCGCUAUGCAACGCUCUCAAUCAGCUCUCAGUCAGCAGCUUAUGAUACUCUCUGCAACCUUCAUGUGUCUCGUCUUUACCAGCGUGUGCGGGAUCCAGCACUUCCAGCGCGCCGGCCACCGCCACCUGAACCUCUUUCAAGCUGUCUAUUACGUCAUCGUCACCUUCUCGACCGUGGGCUACGGAGACUUCGUGCCCGACAUCUGGCCGUCGCAGCUCUUCAUGGUCAUCAUGAUCUGCGUCGCCCUCAUCGUCCUCCCAACGCAGUUCGAGCAGCUCGCCUUCACGUGGAUGGAGAGGAAGAAGUUGGGGGGCACGUACUCCGCCCACCGCGCGCAGAACGAGCGCCACGUCGUCGUCUGCUCCACCAAUCUGCAAGCGGAUACCAUCAUGGACUUCCUCAAUGAGUUCUACGCCCAUCCACAUCUGCAGGAUUACUUCGUGGUGCUACUCUCUCCCAUGGAGUUGGACCCGACUAUGAAGAUGAUCCUGCAGGUGCCGAUGUGGGCGCAGCGCGUCAUCUACAUCCAGGGGUCGUGCCUGAAGGACGGGGACCUGACGCGGGCGAGGAUGAGCGAGGCGGAGGCGUGUUUCAUCCUGGCGGCGAGACACUACGCGGACAAGACGGCGGCGGACGAGCACACCAUCCUGCGGUCGUGGGCGGUAAAGGACUUCGCUCCCAACGUCCCUCAGUACGUGCAGAUCUUCCGGCCGGAGAACAAACUGCACGUGAAAUUUGCAGAGCACGUGGUUUGCGAGGACGAGUUCAAAUACGCCCUCCUCGCGAACAACUGCAUGAGCCCGGGCAUCUCCACCUUAGUGACGUUACUGCUACACACCUCCAGAGGACAGGAGGGCCAGGCGUCGCAGGAGGACUGGCACCGCCUCUACGGGAAGUGCUCGGGCAAUGAAAUCUAUCACAUUAAGUUAGGGGAUUCGCGCUUCUUCGGAGAGUACGAGGGGAAGAGCUUCACUUAUGCGAGCUUUCAUUCGCAUAGAAAAUAUGGCGUUGCCUUGGUCGGGGUCCGGCCUGCCGAGUUACCCGAGUUCUACGAGGACACGAUCUUGCUGAACCCUGGUCCUCGACACAUCAUGAAGAAAACAGACAUUUGCUUCUACAUGAGCAUCACCAAAGAAGAGAAUAGUGCCUUUGUUGUGGGAACAGGUGCAAGCAGUAGCAGCAGUCAGGAGGGCAGAGCGGAGGCGGAGGACCCUGCCACCAAGGACCCGGAGAAGGGCAUGAAGCUGAGCGAGUGCGAGGAGCGACCCAAGCCGAGAUCAGGCCGAAGGUGUGUCCUGCUCAAGCUGCGACGCAACGUUUCUGUCAACGAGCUGCAGAAGAAGCUCGAGGAGGAGGUGGACCGCAGGAGAGAGAGGUGGGAGGAGGAGCAGGGAAAGCACCUGUCGGGGGAGGAGGCGCUCAUGUCCUCCACCAGGAGGAACCUCAUCCAGCAGGAGGGAGAGGUCCCGCUCGCUCCUACUGACUCCAAGACUGCUUUCAACUUAGCUCAAGGACCUUCUACUGAAAACUCCUGUCCUGGCAUCUUCUGUCACAUGCUCCCUCCUGUUGUUGAAACAGAUCCACCCAAGACACAGCUCAAGGGCUACCUUAAGAGCCUUGACUCCUCAGCGGGGGCAGGGGCCAGGCCUGGGCGGGGGGCGGGGCCCGAGUUGGAUGACGUCCCCGGGCCCCGGUCGCCCUCGGAGAUAAAUCCCCGUGAGAUGUUGUCUCCAAACAUCGUCAGAAGGUAUUCUGUAAAGACAGUUGUGCUGGACGUUCCAUACAGGUCUCACAAAUGCGUACAGGUGUGUGAGCACUGCAGUUACAGAAGUGCCAAGGAAUACAACUGGCAAAACCGCGCUGUGAUCCUAGCUGCUGAUUACGCUAGCAAUGGCAUCUACAACUUCCUCAUUCCUCUUAGAGCUCAUUUCCGACCGAAGACUUCGCUAAACCCGAUCAUCCUGCUGUUGGAACGCAGACCCGACGUAGCUUUCCUUGACGCCAUCUCGUGGUUCCCUCUUAUCUACUGGAUGCUUGGCUCAAUCGAUUGUCUGGACGACCUCCUCCGUGCAGGGAUCAAUUUGGCCGAAAACGUUGUUGUGGUGAAUAAGGAACUGAACAACUCAGCCGAGGAAGACACUCUCUCGGAUUGUAAUACUAUUGUUGCCGUCCAGACCAUGUUCAAGUUUUUCCCGAACAUCAAGAUCAUCACAGAACUGUCUCAGUCAUCGAACAUGCGCUUCAUGCAGUUUAGGGCUCGGGAUGCAUAUGCCCUCCACCUGUCUAAGAUGGAAAAGGUACAGCUCUCUCCACAUGACCAUAUUGCUGGACCCGAACGGAUUAAAGAAUCAUUGUCACCGCGGGAGAAGGAACGGGGCUCGCACAUCUCCUAUAUGUUUCGGCUGCCUUUCGCCGCAGGAAGUGUGUUCUCAGCCAGCAUGCUAGACACGCUGCUGUACCAGGCGUUCGUGAAGGACUACCUCAUUACCUUCGUUCGCCUGCUGCUCGGUGUGGACCAGGCGCCGGGCUCGGGCUUCCUCACCUCGAUGAAGAUCGGCAAACAGGACCUGUGGAUCCGAACGUACGGCCGCCUGUACCAGAAGCUGUGUUCCACCACGUGCGAGAUCCCAAUAGGCAUCUACAGAACUAUAGACACGAGCAACAUGGAGCCGGGGAAUAAUGAUGGAGACGCCUCGGACACUGGCCAUUCAUAUUCACACUUAUACGACACCACCUCUUGUUUUUUAUGCCAAAGCAACCAAAACUCGAUGUUCUCCCUCAACAUCUCGGACGACCCCAAGGAAGGGCACAGCAACCUCAUUGAGAGGGCAGAGAUCGCGCAGCUUGUGAGGUCCCGGAUGCAGAGUCUUGGUCUUCCCCCGGAGGACUAUGACGAUGUUUCCGAGAAGCGCAAUUCCUUGUCCUUUGUUAUCAUCAACCCUUCUUGUGAUCUCAAACUGGAAGAAGGCGAUAUAGUGUACCUCAUCAGACCGAGUCCGUUCUCGGCGCAGAAGACCUUCGAGCGACACAACUCAAGACGAAAGUCCAACAUUUCCCUUUGUGAUACUCGACGUCGAAGUACGACCUUCUCGCGACCGCCUCCUCUGACGUCAGCGCCCAAGUCGAACUCGCUCAGCUUACCAGACAGUCCGCAGAUCUCUCCAGGAUUUGUCCGGGGACGCUCAAACUCUUUGCGCGUCGACGACAUUCUCAUGAGGCGCUCGAACUCGCUGCGCUUCGGGCUCGAGGCCACGCGCAAGAUCAACAGCUUCGAGGAGCUCGGCAUCAGCCCCAUCACGCCGCUGACCCGCGACGAGCGCACCGGAUCCAUCAAGAUCCCCGUCAACGGGUCCAUCGGCCUCGAGGUCACUCCGCCUGAGGAGUGCGGAUCCGAAGCCUCCGUACCUUCUAUCCAGCUCCAAGGCACCAUUGUCUGACCACCGCCAUCGCCUCGACCGGCGCGGGUAUGGUUCCACAUGGGCGGAGUUCGCGGCUACUCGCCCAGCCGCACGCAGAGACUCUGACAGCCAGCGGCCUCCCGCCCUGUGCGCCGCUCGUCUCUCGGGCCGCUAUCGUGGCCGCAGGCGCAGUAACGGGGGGAGGCCGAGGAAAGAGAAACGGUCGCGUUGACCCUCAUUCGUUUUUCGAUCUCGAAAAUCUAAAAUGCCUCCGGUGAUGUUCUAAGUGCUUUGUUCCGAUUGCAUUUCUCUUUGACAAUAUCCAAGGUUUUGGGGCAUUGGGUACAAACGUAGGGUGAGGUCAGUUUUUUAGUGAAUUACGCAUAUUACAAAUCGCUUUGCUUGUGUGAGUGAAUGGAAGUGACGAGAAGAAAAGUGCGGAUUCAGAUAUUAUUUUUGUUUAGAUUUAAGUCCUUGAAACACAAAUGACUUUAGAAUUUGAAUGUAAGGAUAUAUGAUUGCCAACACGACGGACUUUACCUUCUGUGAAGGGUUAUUGCGCCCUACAUCGUGAUAGCCACAAAGCUCCCUGUUUCAUUGUGAGCCUCUCGUGUUUGGUGCUUUGAGACUCUGUGGCUCAUAUGAUGAUCCAAGUUGUUGUUUUUGGAAAAGAAAAGGAGACUCGAAGACUUCUGCUUCUGAACGAUAUGAUCAAAAUGAUUCGUGAAAUCCAAUUUUCUGAGAAUAUAGCAAACGAUAUGCGAACAAAGACCCAGAGUGUUUGUUAUAUAAGCUCAACUACGUUUUCCUUGCGAAGUUAGAACAUGAACUGAAUAUUUAACUGAUGUGUUUAUCAAAGCUGUACUUUUCCUUUCCCCGCUUUAUUUCCCGUUGGAUUCUUUCGGAACUCGUUUCAGUUCCACGUCAGCUCACUUGUUGGUAUUUCAGACGAGCAAUAUCUUUCAGCCACGGUUUAAGAGAGGCUUCAUCCCUCAGGUCCCGCGUGGCAUUUGAGUUCAUAACAAUCAGAUUUUACUCUCACCCUCACUCUGAGUUUAUGAAUAUAACUUACUUUCGAAAUAAGUUAGCAGCUGUUAUUGAUAUAUAAUGCCUUAUUGUGUUACAUGCAGCAUUACUGAAACUAUAUCAUGUUGUAAAUUCAUAUAGUGAUGGAAAAAUAAAUCAUAAGAAAUCAGUACUUUCAGGCGACAACUUUUUUCCAAUUGGUUUUAUCAGAAUUCCCAUACAACCCCUUCCUUAGUACCAAAAUUGAAUGUUAAAUACCCUGUAUCAUCGUAAUAGGCUUUGUACUUAACUAGUUUUCGACCAUAUGAAUAAUCAGUAAUAGUUGUAAGCCAAUCCUAUCUCAGAAUAUUGUACCAAAGUCCAUGUAUAUUUGUGCAGAUAAUGUGAGGUUGUGAUAUAUUAUCUUGCCGACUCAUAAUGUGCAUGUACCAGAUUGAUAAGCUGAGCAUAAUCCUGUAUAAUCUUUAUUUUAUUAAUAUAUAUAGAGUUUAUGAUUAAAGCAUAGCACAUUUUAGCGUUAAGGUGAAUGCUCGACAUUCUGUACAUUCAGAGGCUGCCCUCUACCAUUUGACUAGAUGAAUUACACUCAUAAGACGAUGAAGGAUGUUUGUUUUCAUACCAUACUGAUUGUACGUAAAGAUUAGUUUUUUCGGUUUGUUUUUCUUUCUAUUUUUGAGCCAAAACGAAUAUUGUUUUCGGGGUUCGUUACAGAAUACCAAACAAUAUUUGGUUUGUGGUGUACAUGGUCAAAAGCAAGAAAAUGGUUUCGUCUUUGGUGUUACGGAACUCACAGUAUAUAGUUACAUUGUGAAAAUGUGGCAGUUGCUUUAUACAGAUGCCGGUAUAUGUGAAAUAAAGUAUAUUAGAUACUUUUUAUUUUUUAUAUAAAAAUGUAAACUGAUUUACAUAAUUGAAAGAAAUGGCAUACUUUCUUAUUAGUUCAGUCCUUUGACUGUAAUGUGAUUGUGUCUAUAUGAAUAUAACAAUUGAAAAAAAAAUAUUUUUGAAUUACUGAAGCAUUUUUUAAGCUUGGAAUUAUCUUGUUAACUGUUCUUCUAGGCUUUCAUGUCUGAUUGUAUGUACAGAAUCUUCAUAAAAUUAACUCUAUUUGAUUUUUUCUUCUAUUGUUCUGUCUUUUUUAUCGUGAGGUGGGACAGGACACUCCCAGCAGUCUCACUCAAGAACAGAGUAUCAUUUAUACUGCAUUGCUGCUUUGUAAAUAAGUAUCUAUGAAGAUGACAGCUGACCGCAUCAAUAUUUUCAUUUCCUCAACUCAUGUGACAACUUACAGUAUUGCUUGUUUCCUUGUUUAUCUCUUUUCCAUAAUUCCUCUUCUUAUAUUCUGGCUUGUAUACUGUAGGCAAAGUAGUGAAAAAAGUCUACCACUCCAUCUUGCUCAUAUUCAUUACUGAUCUGAAAUCAAUUAUAUCUGUAAGUAUAGGAAAACUUGAGA